AUGGGUAUAGAAGCAUCAAAACCGAAACCAGGCGCCAAAUUCCAAGUCAUCGGUGCAGGUCUCCCACGAACCGGCACGGCAUCUCUCGCAGCCGCAUUGUCCAUCCUCUUCGACGGCCCUAUCUAUCAUGGCGGCACACAAGUUUGCAAGUCAGGAAAUACGUUCCACAUGCGAGCCUGGACCGAUAUCCUGUCUCAUACUCCCUUCAAGACCUCAAAGGACGAAGACUACGUCAAGACCAAGAUGAAGACUGUUCUAGACGGAGACGUCGGCUGCGCAGACACGCCGAUGGCACAGUUCGUGCCGGAAUUGAUGGAGUUGUAUCCUGGUGCGAAGGUGAUUUGUACGGUGAGGGAUGCGGAUGCAUGGGCGAAGAGUAUGGAUCAAACAGCACAAGCUUCAUUGUAG